AUGAGUCAGAAAGCCUUGACCCCAGUGCAUUUCUUCUCUCACGGCUCGAUGAUGAUGCUGGGAGAAGAGUCCCAGCCAGCGGACUACUGGAAGAAAUGCGGCGAUAAGGCACUUGCAAAUGGAAUCAAGGGUGUCGUUAUGAUGGGAGCCCACUGGGGCUGUGUGGGCAACAACAAGAUCGAAGUAUCAAUGAAGCCCAGUGCCUAG